CAAAAUCUGGUGCAGCUGUGCAUGGUAGUCAAUCAACUUCUAACUUCAGCUUGUUCAGUUAAAGUGUUACUAAACCCAGGACCCUGCAUUCACUAUAUCUGGUCCCCCACAGACCCUGCAUUCACUACAUCUGGUCUCCCACGGUACACAGAACAUGGAAAUGCAAUUAUUUUAGUAAAUAUAAACUGCUAAAUACCUUUUCUCAUACAGCAGUCUUGUGACUUCUAUCAGUGUCCAGCAGAGCACUGGUUAAAGCUUCUUUCUUUCUGCUCUAG